GAGCAUAGGAUGACGGUAUUCCGUGCCAAAAGAAAUGAGUUAAGAUGCAAGAUCACACCAUCACUUUUCCUUCGGUUUUGGCCACUUUGCCCACCAAUCGCACGAUGGAGAUCGCUCUACUGGUACAUGACUAGGCAAGUCCACCGGUCACUCGACUUGUUGAGGAAGACAAAAGACGCCCCAGCUAGAGUAGAUCUUCUACUGGUAUCGCUACGUUACAUGCAACACUUCGUCUCCCAACUGCACAUUUGGCAGAGCAAUCUGUCAUCAAGCUCACAAAUUUAUCAAACGCAGCAAAAGUGAGAGUGCUAAAGUAAAUUCAGUGUUUGACAGAGACAAGCUUCCAGGCCAGAGAUCCGUUCGAAAAGAAACACCAGCUAGCUAUCAUGAUGUUUGCCCACUGCUUCAGCUCGGGACUUGCUAUCUUGCUGAUAACGAGCCCUUUGGUUGCCAAUGCCCAGACUGCUUACAUCACUUAUCACAACUAUUACGAAGGACAGUCGACCGGCACCAUUUCCUGUUCCGAUGGAGCCAACGGGUUGCAACAGCAGUUUGGAUACUACACAAUUGAUCCAAUGUUCCCGUAUGUUUCAGCAACGUCCAACAUUGUUUGGAACUCACCAAACUGUGGUAACUGCUACGAGUUGCAGGCUGGUGGUAAUACAGUCUAUGUGACCGCUAUCGACCAGUGCGGCGCAGGCCCCGCUGGCGAGCUUCACUUUGAUAUGGCCCAGUUGGCAUUUGUUGAGUUGCUUGGUGAUGCGGGCAUUGCCGCUGGCAGUGGUUAUGCUACCUACAGGGCUGUUGAUGGCUCCAACUGCGUUGGGAACAGCGGUUCUGGAGGCCCUGCCCCCGUGACUCCUGCCCCAGUUACCCCUGCUCCCGUCACACCUGCCCCAGUUACUGGAUCACCCGUGCCUGCUCCUCCUACAGGCGGCGGCGGUUCUUCUGGCGGCAGUGAUGGGGAUUCUGAAGGUAAUGGUGAUUCGUCUUCUCCAAAUCCUCCCAAUUGCCUUUCAGGACAUGACAUUGUAACUGUUCAGGGAAAAGGUCCCACAAGAAUGCAGGAUCUUUCCAUUGGAGACAUGGUGGCCAAUGGCAAGGGAAGAUUUGAGCCUGUCUAUGCCUUUGCUCAUUUGGACUUGAACACAAGUACAGAGUUUUUGGCAAUUCACACCACUCCAAUCUUGUCCGAUCAAGUCAGCAACGGUGCUCCUCCGUUGGAAGUAACAGGUGAACACUUGCUUCUCAAAGUCAGUAACGAUGGGGGAUAUCAAUAUGUCCCUGCCCAAUCGGUCCACGUCGGAGAUAUGUUGAGUGGUACAGGCACCGGAGACGAAAGGAUUCGUGUUACCAAGAUUGGAAGCGUCCAUCGUGAAGGCCUAUUUGCGCCCCUCACAGCUUCCGGUACUCUGGCCGUGAAUGGAGUGGCAAUCUCAUGCUAUGUAUCGCUCCAGGGGGGUGAUAGCGGAUCAUUCAAGCUUGCUAGUGGUACGAAGACAGGUCUUUCUCAGCAUUCUGUGGCUCACAUGCUUCUAAGUCCCAUCCGGUUGCUCUGCAUGGGGCUUCCUGAAGCUUGUGGCGACGAAAACUUGUCCAGUGGAUACCCCUGGUUUGUUCGCAUUGGAUUUCUCUUAAUUGACUGGAUGGAUCGUCACAGCAUCUUUAUUCAAGUUCCCCUCUUUGCUUUUGGGGUUACGAUCUGUGCCAUGUCAUUGUUGUUGGAGAUUGUCUUGCUCUCCAAGUGGGGUUGGGUUGGACUCUCUCUUUUCUAUUUGGGUUCAAUGAGGCUCUCUAAAAGCACAUAAUAACCAAAAACUUUCAUGUU